AUGCCACCAUUGAACACACCAGGCCUUGCCGAUAUCAAACAGCUCGAGUUGCAAGAACUCAAGGACAUCAACAAGGAGUUGACUGAGGAGAAUAAGAUCCUCAAGGCAAACCAGCCAAAGUGCAAGAAGAAGGGUCAAAAUGUCUCCGAGGAAAGCAUGGCCUUUGAUGAAGAGAUCCACUUAUGUGGUCGCAAGUAUGGUGCCUGCUAUGAAAUGUUUGUGCCAGACAGGCAACUUCUUCAGCAUCCUAAUCCUACAUUCCCUCCGCCUCUCAAUGAACUGUCACACUAUGAAAUGCUAGCCAGCCUUGCUUGCAGAGCUAUUUGGUCUACUUCCAUUACACAUCCUGUACCCCAAUCACUCAAUGCAAUGCAACUCUUUUUAUGGUCUUCAAUUUAUUAUAAGUUAAUAAGGCUAUAG